AUGCUUGCAUCGGAAGCGGCCAUCGAAGAUCUGAUGAUGCAAGCCAAGAAGAUCAAGUACGACGUCAUCGGACUGACCGAGACGAGACGACGUCACCCUCUCAACGCCGUAUAUGAAAGUGGAGAAGAACUGUUCUUAGGAACAUGCGACAUUAGAGGUGUUGGUGAAGUUGGCGUCCUCGUCAACACGAGUAUGGCAAAGAACAUCGACUCUUUUGAACAACUUACGACCCGAAUCGGACGUCUGCGGAUGAGAAGAUGUGGCCCAACACCAGCUUAG